UUGUCCCCGUGGUUUCCUUGGCAAUGGUCGCUAGCUCCUCUUACCUCCUCUUGGGUCCCAGAGAGACUUUGUGGUCACCCUUCCCUUCGGACUGAGAGGAGUCCGUGAGGGGAGAAGAGGCUUUUCUGCCUCUCCCCUUGGAGCCUAGUGAAGAGACCACCCCUUUCCCCACGCCCACCCGGAGGCUGGCUCCGGAGGGAGGUGGAGAGCGGCCUGCCUUCCAGUGCCCGAGGAUCCAGGCUACCGUUCCCGGUGCUGGAGUUGUGUGAAGAUGCCCAAAGUAAAAAGAAGCAGGAAAGCUCCCCCAGAUGGCUGGGAGCUAAUUGAACCAACGUUGGAUGAAUUGGAUCAGAAGAUGAGAGAAGCUGAAACUGAACCUCAUGAAGGAAAGAGGAAAGUAGAAUCUCUCUGGCCCAUCUUCAGGAUUCAUCACCAGAAAACGAGAUACAUAUUUGACCUCUUUUAUAAGAGGAAAGCCAUAAGCAGAGAAUUGUAUGAGUACUGCAUUAAAGAAGGUUAUGCAGAUAAGAACUUGAUUGCCAAGUGGAAAAAACAAGGUUACGAAAAUCUGUGCUGCCUCCGUUGCAUCCAGACUCGGGAUACUAAUUUUGGAACCAAUUGUAUAUGUAGGGUUCCAAAGAGCAAGUUAGAAGUGGGGCGGAUCAUUGAGUGUACCCACUGUGGCUGCCGAGGAUGCUCUGGUUGAUGGGUCUUGAAGCGAUGGACCCACAGAUUCUAUUUCUGGCUUAUUUUUAUUGUUCAUCUCCAUGAGUAGCUGUUAAAAGUGAACACUUUCCCCUGGAUAACUCUUGCUUUCCAAAGCUACAACCUGUGAUUGGAGCAUGGUGGCAAAUGAAAGACUGUUAAUCAAUUGUAAUUAUUUGUGAUUUAAAAAUAAAACCUUUAACCAUUGGUAACUCA